AAAAAUUAUGAAAAGAAAUGAAGAGGGGGGCUUAGUUGGCAAUGAGAGAGAAACAAGUGAGUAACAGCAAAGAGAAGACUGUCUUAGAAUAGUUGGCAAAAUGUGUCAGUAAUGGGAAAAAAAUAAAUAAAGUAAAAUGAUCAAAGAAGGAAGCAAAGCUAGCUUGGCCUUGAAGAGAAGAACAUCUCCAAUGGCAUCUAAGUUAAAUAUUGUUUAAAUAUUGAAAAAAGGGGAAAAAAAACACUUAUAAAUAAAUCAAAAGAUAAAAAAUUUAACAAAGGCAAAAAAAGUAGCUUAGGUUCUGUAAUAAUUUAGGAACAAAGAGCAGUUGAGUGCAGUAGUUAGUAUGUCUUUUAAAAACAAGCAAAGUUCCAAUCUUUAAUCUUUCUUACAUCAAAACACAGUCUCUCUUAUAUGCUUUCUCUCUCUCUAGCCUUAUAGGUUCUCUUUAUAUAUAUAUAUUAAAGGUUGGAAUUUGAUGCUUUGUUUGGUACAAGCGCCAAGUUGGUGAAUUUGGUUUCCCUCAGGUGGAAUUUUAAGCUUAGCAAACAUUUGAUGCUUUUAGAGAAGAGUAGAUUUUGAUCCUUGGGGGGGACUUUUGAAAGAGAAGAGGUAAACAAUUUAGUCCCUGUGAGAUUCCAUGGCUGAUGCAUUGGAUUUGGUCCUUUUUUACUUUAACAUCCUCUCAGUUCUAUAAAGCUGCCAACAUUAUAUUUUGUUUUCCUUGGUCAAAUCAACUUGGUUCAGGUCUAGGUUAGCUUAGAAUUUGGGGGUGUUUUUAGGGUUGGAACUUAGAGCUAUGGCUAGUGAUGGUAAUGAUGAUUUAGGGUUUAAACACCAUAGCCUUAUGAAUACUAACAACCCUUUGUGUGACAAAGUUGAUGGAAUGGCAUUGAGUUCGAUGUAUAAUACCAAGUCUUCGAAUUCAUCGGAUCCUUUCUUUGGUUCCGGUUGGGAUCCGAUGGUAUCGUUGAAUCAAAGUGAAAGCCUUGGAGGUGGUUCUUCAAUGGUUUCUCAUAUUGGAUUUGUCAAUUCUCAUUACCCUCUCCUAAUGGAGAAUCAGGGUAUUUGUGGGACUUCCCAUUUUUCCCAGUAUCAAUCCGAUCCGAGUUUCGUUGAGUUGGUUCCGAAGAUCCAAGGAUUUGGUACUGGGAAUUUGUCGGAAAUGGUUGGUCCGAUGAGUUUACCACGUUGUACCCAGGGUUAUGCUAUGAAUCAUGAGGGUGGCAUUGAAAGGGCUUCGACAAAUAGUACGCAAUCUCGUGAUGAUCCUCAAAUUUCAGAGGAGGGUGUUGUUGGUGCUUCACCUAAUGGGAAGUGUCGAAAACGAGUUCAUGAAGCAAACCAGAAUGCUGAUGAAGAGCUGAAAAAGGAUCCUUCAGGAGAAAGCUGUGAUGUUCCAAAAGAACAUGAUUCUAAGAAACAGAAAACCGAACAAAAUGCAACUGCUAAUUCACGCGGUAAACAAGUUGUGAAACAAGCUAAAGACAGUUCUCAAACCGGAGAAGCUCCUAAAGAAAAUUACAUCCAUGUUAGAGCUCGAAGGGGCCAGGCUACAAACAGUCACAGCUUGGCAGAAAGGGUGAGAAGGGAAAAGAUAAGUGAGAGGAUGAAAUUGCUUCAAGAACUUGUACCGGGAUGCAAUAAGAUUACUGGGAAAGCUGUAAUGCUUGAUGAGAUAAUCAACUAUGUCCAGUCACUGCAACAACAGGUUGAGUUUUUGUCGAUGAAACUUGCCACUGUCAACCCGGAGCUGAACAUCGAUUUAGAGAGAAUUCUAUCAAAGGAUAUUCUUCAUUCACGAGGUGGAAAUGCAGCAGUUGUCGGGUUCAACCCCGGGAUAAACUCCUCUCACCCUUUCUCCUCCGGUAUCUUUCCCGGAACAAUCUCGGGCAUCCCAAACACAAAUCCGCAAUUCCCUCCCUUGCCACCACAGACUGUACUAGACAAUGAGCUUCAAAAUCUUUUUCAAAUGGGAUUCGACUCGAGUUCAGCGAUGGACAGUUUGGGACCAAUUGGUCGGUUAAAACCGGGGCUUUGACAUAUCGAAGAAGUUCAAAUAAAAAAAAGGCUUAGUUCCUUCUAACCAGGCAUUGAAAUGUUUUCAAGUUGACUGCAGAUUUUAAACUUAUAUGGGAAAAGCGAAUUGAAGAACAAAAAAAUUGUUCAGGUGUAUAGGUGGGUUUUUUUUUAUCUGUUAAAAGUUAUUUUCCUAAUUUUUAGACAAGGGAAAGAUGAAAUGUCGGAAUUACAGAUGAUGUAUAUCGGAUGUUGGAAUUUUUUUUGUUUUGGUAAUUGGUAUUUUGUAGGGGGUUUGAUGGUUGUUUUUGAAAGCUUGGGUAAUUGUUUUAAGAAAAUUUUCUUGUAAUCAAGUUCUCAUUUUUCCUCUGCAAA